AUGGAAAUCUACAUUUGGAGAGGACUUUUUGUCAACAGAAUCAUGUUGGUGGUGACAUUGCUGCUUAUAAUGCUGUGUCAUACUGUAUGCAAGACUCAUUCUAUUAAUUGUUCCAUAUAUGAUGAUCCCCAUCCUAUUCCCCAUGAAUUUUACCAGUCAGGAGAUUUUGUGAUUGGGGGAAUUGUUUCUCAAGUCUAUUUCCUUUAUAACAACCUCUCCUUCUUGGAACAGCCAGCACAGGCCUUGAUUGAGGAAUCCAUUUCAGUGCCUAAGAACUACCAGCACAUUCUGGCUUUAGCAUUUGCUGUCAAAGAGAUCAAUGAGAAUCCUAGCAUUUUAUCAAAUGCCUCCAUGGGCUUCUAUAUCCUCAAUAGCUACUUCACCGCAAGAAUGACUUAUAAAGCUAGCCUUAGCCUGCUUUCCAAACAGAAGUUUGUCCCCAACUUCUCUUGUAUUGGCCAGAACAAGCUGAUAGCUUUAAUUGGAGGAUCUGUCUCUGAAAUCUCUGCCAAUAUGGCCGUUAUUUCAGCAAUCCACAAGAUUCCACAGGUGCAUCACUUUCUAGGUAACACCAUAUUCAAUAACAGUGCUGGAGACAUUGUGUACUUUGAUGUAAAUGGAGAAUUAGUGGCCAGUUUUGAUGUCACAAACUGGAUGAUGUUUCCCAAUGGCUCGGUGGCUAGAGUAAAAGUUGGAAGACUGGAACCCCAGGCUCCUCCAGGCAAAGAGUUAACCAUUCAUGAUGACCAGAUUGUCUGGCACCAAAGCUUUAAUCAGGUGCUGCCAAUUUCUGUGUGCAAUGACAAUUGCUAUCCUGGCUACAGCAGGAAGAAGAAAGAAGGAGAGAGAUUUUGUUGCUAUGACUGUGCUCGUUGUCCGGAAGGGAAGAUCUCACACCAGAAGGACAUGGAUGCCUGCAUCGGUUGUCCAGAAGACCAGUAUCCCAACAACAACCAAAUUGAAUGCAUCCCCAAGAUUCUAGUUUACCUUUCUUAUAAAGAAACUUUAGGGAAUAUUUUAGCUACCACUGCUAUUUCUUUCUCUUUGAUCACAAGUUUAGUUCUUGGAAUUUUUAUGAAGCACAAAGACACUCCCAUAGUCAAAGCCAACAACGCAACCCUUACCAGCAUCCUCCUCAUCUCCCUCCUCCUUUGCUUCCUCUGCUCCUUACUUUUCAUUGGACAACCUGGAAAGAUCAUCUGCCUUUUUCGACAAAUUACUUUUGGCAUCAUCUUUUCUGUGGCUCUUUCAUCUGUGUUGGCAAAAACCCUCACUGUGGUCCUGGCAUUCAUGGCAACCAAGCCAGGGGCCAAGAUGAGGAAAUGUGUGGGGAAAGGGCUGGCAAAUUCUAUGGUCCUUUCCUGCUCCUUCAUUCAAGCUGGCAUUUGUGCUCUUUGGUUAUUUACUUCUCCUCCGUUCCCAGAUAGAGACAUGCACUCAGUGCAUGGAGAGAUAAUACUAGAAUGUAAUGAAGGUUCAGCUACCAUGUUCUACUGUGUCUUGGGCUAUAUAGGCUUCCUAGCCUUUGCCAGCUUCAUUGUAGCUUUCCUAGCCAGGAAGUUGCCUGACAGUUUCAAUGAGGCCAAAUUUAUCACUUUCAGCAUGUUGGUGUUUUGCAGUGUUUGGUUGACUUUUAUUCCAACCUACUUCAGCACCAAGGGAAAAUACAUGGUGGCUGUGGAAAUCUUCUCCAUCUUGUCCUCUGGUGCUGGAUUACUGGGUUGCAUAUUUUCCCCUAAAUGCUACAUCAUUGUGCUGAGGCCCGAGCUGAACAGCAGGGAACAGCUAAUAAGGAGAAAAAAAUGAGACAAUAUAAAAGCAUGUCUUUACGGUACACUGUAAUCUAUA